AUGUCAUUUCAAAAGCAGAAUUCUAAUCUAUUUAUCUCAUCAGAUUAUGAUGGAACUAAUCAAUUAGACGACUACACUCUCUUUAACAAAGUCUGUUACAAGUCUUCCCAGGCACAAAUACCAACUGAAAUCUAAAUCCAAAUCAUAAAUGCAAACUUACGUUAAUCCUAAGAAGAAUGCUUGCAAUCUACCAGAGAUAUAAUCAGUUAAUUGCAUCACAUCAUCAAGAUACUCAAGACUUUAAAGUGGCAAUCCGAAGACCAACUUAAGAUUUUCUAUAAUUCCAAUAGAUAAUUUUUGAUUCUCCUGAAAGGAUUAUAGAUUGUGGAUGAACUAUUGUCUAAUUGCAAAGAAUCGCCAACAAAGAUACUUUUAGAAUUAAAAUAAAGUAACAUUCCCUUCCAUUUAGAUUAUGUGCAAGAGAGAUCGAUUAAGGCAAUCAAAGCAGAUGAUGUCAAUAUAAGGAUGUUGCAGAUGCCCUACCAUUAUCUAUAGACAUCAUUCUUGCCUAAUAUGCAACAACAGUUGAAAUCGUAUGAAUAGAAUAUGAGUGCUUCCUAAACUUUGACUUAAGAAAUCAAGAUCGUUGGAACUCAUAUUCUAAUGAUCAACUUAAUUAUGCCUUCUGCAAUUGAUACAGAUUAAAAUGACAUCAUGUCAUUAAAUAGUACUCAUCCAGUUUGGAAGAAAUUAGAUUGCAUCACAACAAGAAAAUCUUUAGGGGACUCUGAAUAAAUCAAACAAUCUUUUUAAUCAUUUGUGUAAUCAGUUAUGGUUGGUCAUGCCUUGGUAAACGAUUGCAAGAACAAAUCAAGUAGAUGGAGUAAAAUAUUUUCAGUAAGUUUGAAUUCUCUGUAUUAUUUCUUAUCAAGCUCAGCUGCAGAAAAAGGAAUGAAAGAUCAUAUGAGUUAGUUAAGAGCUGAUACUGCACACUAAGCUAUGAAUUUCAUCGAGUUGCCAGGAGUCAAACAUUUAAUUAAUUUGGGAUUACCCAAAAUUGCUACAAACUUAAAAUUUUAUAUAUUGCCAGUUGUGUUACCACUCACAAUUCAAGAAGCCAACAAAUAAAUUAAAUUGGGAAUUUAUGAUCAAAUCUCUACUCAUUCAAUUCAAUAUGUAAAUCAAGAAAUCCACAGAGAUGAUAAAUUCUUAUUUGUUAAAAAUCAAUCUAGAAUUAGAAUCAGAUUAUUGUACAACCAACGUGUGGUGGAAUAGGAUAAUAUUUUUAGUUUCCUAAAAUCAUUCUUCGUCAAACAAAAACACAACAUCUUUGAAGAUAAGAUUAUCAUUCAUAUUCAUGGGGGAGGUUUUAUCUCAUAAUCAUCAUCAAGUCAUCAAUGCUACACCAGAGAAUGGGCCAUUAACUUAAAUGUUCCCAUCUUUUCUAUUGAUUAUAGUUUGGCUCCUUAAUAUCCUUACCCAAUACCUUUGGAUGAUUGUUGGCAAGCGUAUAAUUGGAUAUUAAAAUAUUCUGAAACCAUUUUUGGCAUAAUUCCCAAUAAGAUCAUUGUUACUGGUGAUAGUGCUGGAGGUAAUUUAGCUACUGCUUUGGUUGGAUUAACGAUAAAAUAUAAAUUGUAAGUUCCAAAUGGAUUGAUUUUGAAUUAUCCUGCUGUUGAUAUUCGAUUUUAGUACACACCUAGUUACUUGAAUUCCAUUAAUGAUAAAAUUCUUAGUCAUACUAUUUUAGGAAUUUGUAUUGAAUCUUAUUCAGCUCAUCCAGAUUCCUAACUUGGACUUGAUUCAUUUAUGAGUCCUCUAUUGUUGUCCUAUGAUAUUCUGAAACAUUUCCCACCCACAAGACUAUUUUGUGGAAAUAAAGAUCCCUUGUAUGAUCAAGUUUUUAGACUAGCCUAAAGAUUAUAAGUUGUAGACAGGGAUGUAAAAAUAACUGUAUAUGAAAAUUUGUCCCAUGGUUAUCUAAAUUUUAAUACCAUUAAAGGAAUGUCAGAAAUUAAAUAAUGUAUAUUAGAUAGUUAAGAUGCCUUUUCUGAAUUAUUAAAUUGA